GUGGAGUAAAACACUGGGUUUUAGUUUUGCUUUAUUUUUAAAUCACCUUCUAGGGAACUGGUAAUGCUGUGAUGGACCACCUGUGCGAUUAGGUCAUUUACGUAGAGGCGGGCACCUAGGAGCACGGGAUUGAGAGCCAGAAUUUGAGCGCUCUCUCUCUCUCUCUCUCUCUCUCUCUCUCUCUCUCUCUCUCUGAGAUUGAGAUAUGGCCCCUAUAGGUGUUAGGCGUUACUGUGAUGGUUCAGAAUGGUGUGGUGCUGCCCCUGGCCACUAUGCCAGCUGUCCCUUCCCAAGGAAGGAGUGGGGCAGAAGUGUCAGGCGACCCCCCUCCUGCAUGUCUCGGAAGAGGAGUCCUUCCUGUUCCUAGUAAAAGGUUUUACCCCCCAGGAAGAUGUUACCAAGUUCAGCGAGCUCCCCGCUGCAGGGGAACGGAGCCCUGAAUUCCAGGGAUGCAGCGAGACACACGGCGGGGGCGAAGCGCUACAAAUACCUGAGAAGGCUUUUCCGUUUCCGGCAAAUGGACUUCGAGUUUGCUGGCUGGCAGAUGCUCUACCUGUUCACUUCCCCGCAGAGGGUCUAUAGGAACUUUCAUUACCGAAAGCAGACGAAGGAUCAGUGGGCGAGAGACGACCCGGCUUUCUUGGUGCUGCUAAGUAUCUGGCUGUGCGUGUCCACUGUAGGAUUUGGCUUUGUGCUGGACAUGGGAUUUUUUAAGAUGAUAAAGCUGCUCCUUUGGGUUGUGUUCAUAGAUUGUGUGGGUGUUGGUCUUCUCAUCUCAACUCUAAUGUGGUUUAUCUCUAACAAGUAUUUAGUGAAACGGCAGAGCAGAGACUAUGAUGUGGAGUGGGGCUAUGCCUUUGAUGUGCAUUUGAAUGCUUUUUAUCCUCUCCUAGUCAUUCUACAUUUCAUCCAACUGUUUUUCAUCAACCAUGUCAUCCUAACAGACACAUUUAUUGGAUAUUUGGUUGGAAAUACCUUCUGGUUGAUUGCUAUUGGCUAUUACAUCUAUAUAACCUUCCUGGGAUACAGUGCGUGAGGAAGGAGGCAACACAGAACACAGCAAGAUUUAGGAUGGUUCUGGCUACAUAGCUUCAUGUUACUGACUGAAUGAAAUAAGUGUUCCUCUUUGGCCCGUGUUGUGAAGAGCUGUCUUUCAGGAUGUUCAUUUAUUAGUCACAUUACCUUAUUUAAAAAGUGAAUUUGGAUUUGUUUCUU